UCAAAAUCGUCGUUUGUUUUCAUACGAUAGCCCUCGUUCGAUUGUCCGGCCCUAGUUCUUUCUUUUUUGACGUGACCAGCGAGAAAAAUGGUGAAGAUCAAGUGCUCAGAAUUGAGAACGAAGGACAAGAAGGAGCUCACCAAGCAAUUGGAUGAGCUCAAGAAUGAGCUGCUCAAUCUGCGUGUGGCUAAGGUCACCGGUGGAGCACCAUCCAAGCUGUCCAAGAUCCGCGUUGUCCGCAAGGCCAUCGCACGCGUCUACAUUGUGAUGCACCAGAAGCAGAAGGAGAAUCUGCGCAAGGUCUUCAAGAACAAGAAGUACAAGCCUUUGGAUCUGCGCAAGAAGAAGACACGCUCCAUGCGCAAGGCCCUGUCGCCACGCGAUGCCAACCGCAAGACCCUCAAGGAAAUCCGCAAGCGUUCCAUCUUCCCACAACGCAAAUAUGCCCUUAAAGCAUAGAAAACAAAUUA